GCAAAAAAAAAAAAAAUGGCCGCACCGACCCUCGAGAGUCCAGACGGCCGUAUCGUUGGCGCUUGUCGUCUCCCUAUCGCCCCGGCUCCUCGCCUCUCCGUGGCCGGCCGGUGCUGAUCACUUCUCUGCUCACCGCUCGAAUCUGGGCUGUCGCCGAGCCAUUCUGAUCACCGCUGCUGAUCACUUCUCUGCUCAACGGAAAGGAGACAGAUUCGUGGUUCGUCAGCGGACGCGGCGGCGACUUCAUAGGGUGUUCUCGGCCGCUUCCGGCGCGCAAAGCGGACGCACGGCGUGCGCCCGCCCCCAGGGAUGAACUGCUCCAGAUUCUACAAAGGUUAGAUCUACUGCUGCAUCUUCCGAAUCCGCGUGCGAAUGCACCGCCGAGCUCGAUAAGGCCCUGUGGCCGCGCCGGCGCUGUGCCUCGUACGCCUGGCCGCAGGGUCGUUGGUAGGCGCGUACAACCCCGCCGCUAUUGCUCGCGGAUGGCCCGGUGCGUGGCUCGCUGAGGCAGUGUGAGGCUGCCGAGGGGGCCGGUGGGGAAAUCUUGGAUCCUGGUCGUUCGGCGACGUGGCGGUAUCUAUAGAGCUCGGAUUCAUGGGCUCGUCAUCCCAGCACGAUUCCAUUUCCGCAUCAGGAAGUUCGGAGCGUGCUGAUGGCAGCAGAAGCAGCAUUAGCAUGUGGACCAAAAUUACGAGCACAGACUCGUGGAGAUGGUGCCUAGGGUUGAUUUACAUCGUUGCUGUUGCCAGUAUAUGGAUUGCUGCUAGCUACAUCGUGCAGUCUGUUGUGGAUGCCGGUGUCUCUCCGUUCUUGAUCACCUAUAUAUGCAAUUCUCUGUUUGUUGUCUACAUUCCCAUAGUCGAGGCUGCCCGGUACUUUGAGGAUUCUAUUGGUGACUUGUGGACAAAGCUGAAAUUCAAGGAUGCUGAAAGCCUGCAGCAGGCUUCUGACAUGGAGAGUGUGAAUCUUCUCCAAAGUGGGGGGCAUGAGAUCAAUGUUGCCUCGGAUCAAUCACAAACAAGGCUGUCUGGAGACGCUUCAGUUCCAGAUACAUGCUUCCCUGCCCAGGCAGAGCUAACUGUUGUAGAUUGCAGCAAAGGGUUGGAUGCAAAAGGGCGCUGGACACGUGCUCGUGUGGCCCAAGUGAGCAUGCUAAUCAGCCCCUUUUGGUUCCUUGCACAGCUUACGUUCAAUCUGUCUCUAAGAUACACCACUGUCACGUCAAACACGAUAUUGAGUAGCACGUCUAGCCUCUUCACUUUCUUGGUUGCAUUAGUUUUUCUUGGAGAGACAUUCACAUGGUUGAAGCUAAUUAGUGUGCUUCUCUGCAUGGGAGGUACAAUAAUUGUCAGCCUGGCUGAUUCAAGUAGUUCAGUUAAUGCCAUUGCUACAAAUCCUCCUCUUGGAGAUUUCCUAUCCAUUGUUUCUGCUGGUUUAUACGCUGUUUACAUCACCUUGAUUCGAAAAAAGUUGCCCGAUGAGAAAGAAGGUCAAGGACAAGUGAGCAUGGCUCAGUUUCUGGGAUUCCUGGGACUGUUCAAUAUGUUGUUUUUCUUUCCUGUUGCGUUGGUGUUGAACUUCGCCAAGCUGGAGCCAUUCCACAGGCUCACAUGGGAACAAGCUGGUCUUGUUGUUGGAAAAGGUUUGAUAGACAAUGUUUUGAGUGACUACUUGUGGGCGAAAGCGAUCCUUCUCACAACAACCACGGUUGCUACAGCUGGCCUCACAAUCCAAGUUCCGAUUGCUGCCAUUGUGGACACACUCACCGGUCAUGCUCCUCAUCUACUGGACUAUGUUGGAGCCGCUGCCGUCCUAGUCGGUUUCGCUGGAAUCAACAUACCAGCUGGAGAGUCUCCACAGGAUGUUCAGCAGGAGCAGGAAACUCCUAUUGUUAGCAUGGUCGAUGACGACCCGGUUCAUUUGCCCAGCAGUAACAAUGCUACUGAUGUUGUCUCAUAGACCCUGGAGCCGUGUGAUUUAUCAACAAUGUAUAGAGAUAGGGAGUUUGGCCAGAUGAGUAGUUUCUUUGUACCCCCCCCCCCCCCCCCCCCCUCCCAACACAAGGUGAUUUAUCAACAAUGUAUAGAGAUAGGGAGUUUGGCCAGAUGAGUAGUUUCUUUGUACCCCCCCCCCCCCCCCCCCCCCCCCCCCUCCCAACACAAGGGAUCGACAUGGACUGAAGCUAGAGUAGCCUACCUAGUUUGUUCAGAGCUUUGAGUAACAAGUGUUAUGGGUAUUUCAUUUUUAUCUUGCAAUCGUUUACAUCUGUGGGAAAAAAACCCAGUUUCCUACGGAAGAGUAAAGUCUGUUUGUGAUUCA